AGCUGUUGUUAGCUUGUUAGCAGCUAGCUGCGUUAGCACCGAGCCUCUGGAGCUCAUCAGGAAACGGUGCGACCUGACGUUAUCUCGAGCAACGCCAAGGCGGGUAGCUGUCAAACGUAUGCAUUAAUAAUAUUUCAGUUAUUUCGUGUUUUAUUCCUCGUUGGCUCCGCAACUGCAAGGCCCAAACUGUAAGCUGGUUGAACGUUACCUACAUGGAUGUUGACAUCAACAUUAAGGAAAUGAGCAUGUGACCAAGGACUAGGGUCUACAGCACAUGAUUUGGACCAGUGAAGGAAGUCAAAAUCAAUCGGGUAAAUUAUUUCGAAGUGGUCGAUCAGAAGUGAAUAGCCAUGACAACAAAGACAUCCUUGCUGAAAGUCAUUCUGCUGGGUGACGGUGGUGUGGGAAAAAGCUCCAUCAUGAAUCGAUAUGUCACUAACAAGUUUGAUGCGCACCUUUUCCACACCAUCGGUGUUGAGUUCCUCAACAAGGACCUGGAGGUAGAUGGCCACCAGGUUACCCUGCAGAUCUGGGACACUGCUGGCCAGGAGCGCUUCCGCAGCCUGAGGACUCCUUUCUAUCGUGGCUCUGACUGCUGCCUGCUCACCUUCAGUGUAGAUGACAACCAGAGUUUUCUCAACUUAGGCAACUGGAAAAAGGAGUUCAUCUACUAUGCCGAUGUCAAGGAGCCAGAGAAGUUCCCAUUCGUAGUCUUGGGCAACAAACUGGAUGUGACAGAGAGGCAGGUGUCUACUGAGGAGGCUCAGCAAUGGUGCCAAGAGAACGGCGACUACCCCUAUUAUGAGACCAGUGCCAAGGAUGCCACCAAUGUAGCGGUGGCCUUUGAGGAAGCAGUGCGUAGAGUGUUGGCUAUGGAUGAAAGAACGGACCACCUCAUCCCCACAGACACAGUCAAGCUCCACAGAAAGCCUCGCUCUGCUGCCACUUGCUGUUCAUAACAUCCAAGUGUUAUUACCAACAUUAAUUUGCUGUAAUGCCUGUUAUGUGAUGAGGCUGUAGGUGUACAAUGCUGUAGUAACAUCUUAUUUAAACAAAUUAUGCUACUGGCUUUGUGAUUCGUUAUACUGUUGAAGGUUUGAUAAUGAUAAACAGUUGGACUUCUGUUAAAAGAGAGAGAUGAAACACUAAAUUCACCACAGUCUAAGUAAAAAUAAACAUGAAAGCACUGAAUCAUUCACUCAACUCUGCUACAGUUCAAAGGUCAGGCUUCAAAAGGAUAACAAAAUUAUACUAUAUUUUGCGUUGACCCAAGACUACCUGUAAGGAACUAAAAUAUGUUAUGACAUAAUGGCAAUAUGUUUAAAAAGAAAAGUUUCACUUCCCUCUCACAUGGUUAAAUGUUCCAUUUUAUCAUGAAGGCAAAGUAUAAUGUGACUCACUGAGAAUAUGCUGCAGUACGUGAGUGCACUUGUCAUAAGGUUCCUGAAUUUCACUCCAGAAUGUGACAGUGCAGAUAAAGUGAUCGGCCUGUGUGUUCAUAUGUAGAAGAUAACUGCAUAAUUAGAAUAAUUUACACCGCUCAAUAACCUUAUUUCUGAGGAUUAUAAAGUAGCUAAUGCACUACUUUGUGUAACUAACAACUUGUUGUGAUUAUUGCACCUUUAGGUCUGUUUUGUGCACACGCUGCAUAGUGAAUAGAUUAUGGCUAUGUACUGGAAGCACUGAGGGACAAGAUCCCUAACAGAAGAUACAUAUUUAAGCAAAGUUAACAUGCAUGGCAUAUGAUGUAUUUAAGUUUCUGGAAACUUUUGUAUUUUGUAAACCAUUUUUACCUUUAAAAAAAUCACUGAAUCAAACUAGAGUAUUUCUUUGAGGGGAAGUUAAAUUAAAUAGUGGUCAUGAUUGAGGAAAGUUUUUUUUUAUCAUUAUUGGGCUAAUUGUUUAAAAUAAUGAUUUGAUCUCUAAAUAACUAAACAUUUUUAUUCAUACAGUUCAACGUCCUCCACACAGCUCAAUAUUUAAAAUUUCAAACCAUUCAUUUACCUUGAUUGUUUCUCAUCCAGACUUCCAUUUAUAUUUGUACUACUGGUGUGCAAAACCACAAAUAAACCCCCAUGAGAAUUA